ACGCCUGAAGGCGAGCGAGCGACAUGACCUCUUCGGACCUCACCUUGAUCCUACAAGCUCUAGCAGGGGAUCCCAACGCAAAUCCAUUUCAAGAAGAGCUUGACGGCCAUUCAGAAAAGAGCUGCGAAUUAACUAAUGGUCUCUCGAGUCUUUGUCCACAGCCAAGUGAAUGUGGGGUGCCGGAGUCACCCACAAAGUUGGUGCAACCCAUUGUAUCGAAUUAUCUUGCACAUUAUGCACUGUCGGAUACGAGCGCAACUCUAAACUCAAGGGCACAUAGUCUGGUGUGGAUUAUAGAUGACAGGGAAAAUGCCAUGACACCGUUGCGCAAGUCGUUUUCCGGUAUCAUAGUUGGAAACAGUGAAGAUCAGGUUCUGAAUGGGCAUUGGCUGCGAAUCAGGAAUUGCAUGGAGCUGUUUGCACUUAGCAUAUACUGUGCACUUGAAUUUCUGAUGCUUGCAACCAGGUUCACUGGCAGCACCAAUUUCAAGAAGAAAUUAGCGAGUUUCCAUACUCUCAAGGAGAACAUGCAUAGCUGGGACCUCAAAGAGUCACUCGUGUAUGGUCUUAACACCUUUGAUGCGAUACUGUGUGUAAUGAAAAGCGCCACUACACCAGUCAAAUUUACUGCAAGAGGCUGUUUUUGGAACGAAAUUUUUGCACGAGCACUGAUUUACGAUCUCAGCGAGCUUAAUAACUUAUUUCUGGACGGGGAAACAAUGCUGGUGGAGGAACUUAUCCAGCUGCAAGAGAGUGACUUGCAAAACGUUGUCGACCUAGUUCAGCUUGCAAUAAAGCAUGUUGAUCCUAAUGCUCAUGAUGUCCGAACACUUGAUCGCUUCUUGAAGCAUGUCGUGGAGAAGCGUGGCAUUCUUCCUUCCAGCAUCUUCCUCUCUAGUGUUCGCCGUGUCGGGACAAACUUUGUACAUGGCGGGGGCUUCGCGGAUGUCUGGAAGGGAGAAUAUGAAGGGAAAGAUGUUGCCUUGAAGGUCUUGCGAAUCUUUUGCUCAGCGGACCGUGAGAAGAUGCAGCGUGACUUCUGCCGGGAGGCGUUACUCUGGCGAAAGCUCGAGCAUCCAAAUGUUCUGCCUUUCCUCGGAAUUUGUCGCGAUGAAUUUGCGCCUCAAAUGGCUUUGGUGUCGCAUUGGAUGGAAAACGGGAAUCUUGCCGAACAUCUCAAUGAGAAUCAAUCAGCGGAUUGUCUGAAACUCGCGAUAGGUGUGGCUCGUGGCCUCGAUUAUCUACACGGUUUGAAGCCACAAAUAAUCCAUGGCGAUUUGCGAGCCGCUAACGUUCUCGUUGAUAAAACCGGAGAGCCUAGGAUCACCGACUUCGGGCUCGCACGCGCUGUCGACACGCAAGGGUCGCAGUUCGCAUCGUCUUUCAGAGGGAAAGGCACUUUGCGCUGGCAAGCUCCAGAGCUUCUUUAUGCAUCUCGGUUUGGUGCGGAGCUAAGCAAGCUAACAACGAAGAGCGACGUUUAUGCUUUCUCAUGUGUCUGCUUGGAGAUUUUUUCGGGAAAGAUUCCUUUUGCUGAUCUUUACGAUGGAGGUGUCAUCAUGGAGGUAGCGGUAAAUGACAACAGGCCUCCGUGGCCCGGUCCAGAUGCUGCUGCCAAAGGGCUCAAUGAAGGCAUAUGGUCUAUCAUGCAGCUCUGCUGGAACACAAAACCUGCGGAUAGACCAGACAUGCCGUUCGUUGUUAACCAUCUCGAGAGUGUCGAGUGGUGGGAGAAGUCUGCAGAAAGUAGUCAAGUGCAAGUGUACUGACAUUUCACUUUCUUGUUUUUCGUUCUCGUUUCUAUAACAUGGCACCUUCCAGAAGUUUGUAUACUAUAUGUACUACGACCCUUUGUCUUGUUUCUGAAUAUCAACCAUCUC